AUUUGUUGAACCAAAGAGUUGGCAUGGGUCACACGAGAAGCUGCUGGGAUACUUGCUACUAGCCAGCUGUUCAUCUUCUGUCAAGCCCAUUUUUUUCUACCUCUUCACACCCAACUUUUCUAUCCUGCCUGUGAUUUGUUGAACAAGUCUAUGUUACUGUAUCUAUGAUUUGAUAGAAUAUAUCAAGAAAAUCUUGGGGUAGUAGAAGCUAUUGCUGUUUACUUGCUUGUGUUUCUUGAAAAAAGGAAGAAAACAUGGAAGAGAGUUUUGUUCCGUUUCGGGGGAUCAAGAAUGAUGUUAAAGGGAGGUUGAUGUGCUAUAAACAAGAUUGGACCAGUGGUUUUAAAUCGGGUGUAAGGAUUUUGGCCCCUACAACAUAUAUAUUUUUUGCUUCAGCAAUUCCUGUGAUAUCAUUUGGUGAACAACUGGAACGAAGUACAGAUGGUAAACUCACAGCAGUGCAAACUUUAGCUUCUACUGCAAUAUGUGGUAUUAUACACUCUAUAUUGGGCGGUCAACCUUUGCUUAUUCUUGGAGUUGCUGAACCUACUGUACUUAUGUACACAUUUAUGUACAACUUUGCAAAGGAUAGACCAGAGCUGGGACCAAAUCUCUUUCUAGCUUGGACUGGAUGGGUAUGUAUUUGGACUGCAAUUCUGUUGUUCCUUCUGGCUAUUCUAGGAGCAUGUUCAAUCAUUAAUAGGUUCACUCGUCUGGCGGGAGAAUUGUUUGGAUUGCUUAUUGCAAUGCUCUUUAUGCAGGAAGCCAUAAAAGGACUUAUCGAUGAAUUUCGUGUACCGAACAGAGAAAAUCGCAAUUCGACUGAAUACCUUCCUUCAUGGAGGUUUGCCAAUGGGAUGUUUGCCCUGGUUAUGUCAUUUGGCCUUCUGCUCACCGCAUUGAAAAGUAGAAGAGCAAGGUCUUGGCGUUAUGGCUCUGGUUGGCUUCGAGGCCUUAUAGCGGAUUAUGGUGUUCCAUUGUUGGUUGUUGUCUGGACCGCUGCCUCUUAUAUACCAUCCGGGAAUGUUCCAGAGGGAAUUCCAAGGCGGCUUCUCAGCCCAAAUCCAUGGUCUCCAGGUGCAUACAGCAACUGGACAGUCAUGAAGGAUAUGAUACAAGUGCCAGUCCUCUACAUAAUAGGAGCUUUUAUUCCAGCCACUAUGAUUGCAGUUCUGUAUUAUUUUGACCACAGUGUAGCAUCUCAACUUGCUCAGCAGAGUGAAUUCAACUUGCGAAAGCCACCUUCAUUUCAUUAUGAUUUAUUUUUGUUAGGAUUUAUGGUCAUAUUCUGUGGUCUUACUGGGAUCCCACCAUCAAAUGGUGUCAUUCCGCAAUCUCCAAUGCAUACUAAGAGUUUGGCUACACUUAAGCAUCAGCUUCUUCGAAAUCGAUUGGUAAAAACAGCACGUGAAUGUUUGGGUAAGAAUGCCAGUUUGGUUCAAGUAUAUGGAAAGUUGCAAGAAGCCUAUCAAGAGAUGCAGAGUCCUCUAAUUUACCAAGAGCCAUCAGCUCGAAGAUUAAAUGAAUUGAAAGAGUCUACUAUUAAAUCAGCUUCAAUCAUAGAAAAUAUUAAUGCUCCAGUUGAUGAGUCGAUAUUUGAUGUUGAGAAAGAGAUUGAUGAUUUGAUACCUGUUGAGGUGAAAGAACAGCGGGUCAGUAAUUUAAUUCAAUCUUUAAUGGUGGGAGGAUGUGUUGCAGCCAUGCCUCUUCUCAAAAAGAUUCCGACAUCAGUACUCUGGGGAUACUUUGCAUACAUGGCUGUCGAAAGCUUGCCAGGAAACCAGUUUUGGGAACGGAUCCUCCUGCUAUUCACAUCUCCGAGUAGAAGAUACAAAAUACUGGAGGAUAACCACGCAACUUUUGUGGAAACUGUACCUUUCAAGACAAUCGCCUUUUUCACAAUUUUCCAGACUGCUUACUUAUUAAUCACUUUUGGAAUUACCUGGAUUCCUCUUGCUGGGGUUUUGUUCCCUUUGAUAAUCAUGCUUCUGGUUCCUAUCAGACAAUACAUUUUGCCCAAGUUUUUCAAGGAGGGACACCUCCAGGAUUUAGAUGCAGCUGAGUAUGAAGAGGCAUCGGCUUUACCAUAUAACCUUGCAAUGGACACAGAGCUAGGUUCUAGUGCUUCAUUUGCUGAUGACAGAGAGAUUUUUGAUGAUGUGAUUACCAGAGGCCGGGGAGAGAUCAGACGAAUGUGCAGUGUGAAGUUGACAGGAUGCAGUGAGAAACCACGGAAAAGUUUUGUUAAGAGUUUCUCUGAUAAAGGAUAUAGUCCUCGAUUAAGUGAACUCAGAGGAGAUCUAAGUCCUCGGUUUGGAGGCAGAGGGCCAUUUAGUCCCAGGGUGGAAGGAAAACCUUCACUUUUAGGAAAACAAAUCUGAUAGUCUAGGAAAGAUUCAAGUCUUUGUCAAAAUUUAAUUCAUUGCUAGAUUAUUCAGGAAAAAAAAGAGUUUAACAGAUAGCUUGCAACAAACAUUGGCUCGCCGCCUCUAUAACAUGCUACAAUUCUUGAAAAUGUUCAGCUUCUGUAGAACUCCAUGAAUGGAGCAAAUGAGUUCCAUAUCCAUGUAUAGGCUCUGUAAAUGUUAUGUUCUGCAAACAUUUGUCAACAUUCUUCCACAGUUCUUGUAUCCAUGUAGCAUGAGGAACUCUUGAUCAAUAUGAAAGAAGAAGUAUGAAUUCUUAUUGCC